UACGAGACGCCGGAUAGGCGUAAAAUUGACAAAUAUCACGAUUUUAAAGUUGAUUUCAGUGUUUAACUUGGUGAUUUCUAAACUUUUUGUGAAUUUCUGCAAUGGCGCGAAAUAAAUCUCCUACAGCUUCUUCGGAUAAAGACAAGAAGAAGCUCAAAGAAAAGAAGAAAAAAGAAGAAUCUGGUUCUAGUAGUAGUGAUAGCAGUGGAAGUUCAUCAGACAGCAGUUCAUCCCGCUCAUCAUCGCGGUCUUCUUCAAGCAGCUCUGGCAGCUCGUCACGGUCAUCUUCGUCUUCAAGCUCAACAAGCAGCAGUAGCAGCACCAAUGAUCGCUCAAAAGCUAAGAAAAAAACUUCACCACACAAGAGUCCAAUCAAGGAUCGUCGAGAGCCAGAUAAGUUGAGGGAAAGAUCACCAACUGGGGAUAAAAAGAAACCAGUAUUACCAGUUGCCAAUGACAAACAGAAGACCAAGGAUAAGCAGGAAAGAUCACCGGGUCGUAAGAAGAGAGAAAGAUCGCCAUUGCCGAGGCCAACUCGAAUACACAUAGGGCGUCUCACUUUGAAUGUAACCAAAGAGCAUAUCAAUGAAAUAUUCUCUACAUAUGGCACUGUGAAGGUGGUCGAGUUCCCAAUGGACAGACUGCACCCACACAAUGGACGCGGAUAUGCAUAUGUAGAAUUCAGUAAUGCAGAUGAAGCAGAAAAUGCAAUGAAACACAUGGAUGGAGGUCAGAUCGACGGGCAGGAGAUAACGGCGGCUCCGGUGCUGAUACCGACGCGGCCGCGCCGGCCCUCGCCGCGCGCUCCGCCGCGACAUCUGCCGCCCCGACGACACUCGCCACCACGGUACCGACGGCGCAGCCCGCCGCCCCGCCGCCGCUCGCCGCCCCGCCGCCGCCGCACCCGCUCGCGCUCGCCGCGCCCCGCCCCGCGCCGCCGCCGCUCCAGGUCCUCCUCCGCUUCCUCACGAUAAACACACAACACAUACACUAGUCUUACACACACCAUGUACAAGUUAUCUAAUAUUUAAAAUAAUAUUCAAACAAAUACCCUUCACAUGGUAUUUUACACACACUCAUACAAACCUUACAUGAACGCAGAAACAUUACUAAGGUAAGUAGCCUUAGUGUAAUAGGUAAGUAUAUGACGGUGUAACAUUGUUUUACAAUAAUUGUAGUUUAGCAAUCAUCAAGAACCCAUAUUAAUUGGUUAUUUCUUGUCAUUAAAAGCUUGCAAAAUGGAAACUGAGCAGAGUGAGUGAUCAGUGCUAUCUUAACUUGAAUACGACAAAGUGAAGUGCUUAUCUGUAUUUUCUUCAAUAUUAUUUGUAAAAUUAAAUGAACUACCGAAUUUUGUUAAUAAACAGUGACUACAGC